AUGUUGAAGCUGAACUUCUGGAGGGAGAAAGAAAAACAGUUCAAACACAUAGCCCAUGGUUUGCUCCCUGCCGCUUCCAUCGCCCCCAAAGCGGCUGUACCUCGUACCCCACCCCCGCGCAGCCCUGCCCCCUCACCCGAGAGACCCAGAUCCGCCUUAGCAGCUGCCAUUUUAUCUUCGUCACUGACUGGACAGACGUGGGCGCUUCCGCCAGCCCGUAAACGUGCUCUUUCUGAGAGUGAUCAAUCAGAGUCCUUAAUUUCUGAGCGCAACAUCAGCACAGCUCUCUACCCACGUGAUCGAUGGUCAGACGGCUUUGCCGUUGGUCCGUCUCUGUCCUCCCCGGAAAACUCAGAGGAAGAGCUACAUCACCAGGAAGCCGAGGAAGAUGAAGGAGUAGGCACAGAGAAGAAGGAAUACAGUGUCCAAACUCUGGACACUGAAGAACCAGCAGUUGACGCUUUGCCAUUAAAGCACUUAACAAAUUUACUCCGGUCGAGUCCAAAGUUUGAGUCCAGCAGGGAAUCUUCUCCAGGAUUUCCUAAAGAAAAUAUCUUGGACCUUCCUAAAGCCAGAAAGAAAACGAAGAAGAAAGACUCCAUAAGCAUUAGAGACGAUGUGCCAUCCACGAGCCAAUCCAAAGAGCCUAAAGUGCAGAGCUGGCCAUCGCAUGAGGUCAGCAUCAUAACCAAGGACGGGAAAGAAGUGAAGACCCUAAAGGAAAAGAAUGCAAUGCUGCAGGAGAAGCUGCAGCAACUAGAAGAGGAAGUCAAACGUGGGCGAGCCCAGCCAAUGAAGACCUCGCAUACAGGCACACUGGCAGAGCUGAGGGACGUAAGACAGCAAGCACAAGAGCUCGUGGAUGAAAACGAUGCCCUCAAACGCAGCGUCCAUCGUCUCAGCGUGGAGCUUAGUGCCUACCAGACUAAAUACAGGCCGCUCAGCAAGCAGGAGAUCUCCAGAUUAAGCAGUUUACCAAAGACGGGUUCUCCUCCUCCGUGGCUGUUGGACAUGAAAUAUUUGUCUCCCCUGAUGUUGGCCUACGAUGACAUGUUGAAUGAAAAAGAUGCUCUCCUGUGCACUGCGGAGGAGGAAGUGAAAAAGCUUCGAGUGCACAUGGAGGAGGUGGUGAAAGAAAAUGAAAGGUGUCACAAUCUAAUAUCCAACAAGACCGGAGGCCUCAGCAAGGAGGAUUGCCACCAAAUACAGCAGCAGGCCUUGCUGGUGCUGCAAGAAAAUCAGGAGUUGCUUGAACAGCUGGAAGCUCUGAAUGCUAAGAACAAGAGUGAGCACAGUAAACGCCAAUCUGAAGUGUCCCAAGCAACCAAGCAGCUGAUGCUAUUGGAGAACGAAAAGGAGCGUUUGCAGGAGGAAGCAGACAGGAGUAGGAGGGAGGCAAACCAAAGUGAAAGGGAAGUGCUCACUCUCCAUGCGCGCCUCAAGGAUGCAGUCACCUGGGAGGAGCACUGCAGCAUCACUGGGAAACUCAGGCGGCAGCUGGAACAGGAGCAAAGCCUGAACAGAAGCAAGGAGGAAGAGGUUCAUAUUCUCCACAGUGAAAAUCAAAGUUUGCAUAUGGAAAAAGCCAAACUGAUAGCAGCUGUGGAAAGGGCUCGGGUGGAGUUAGAGAGCAGCAGACAAGUCAAGAGGAAGAUGAAGAGGCGUUUGAGUGCUUUAAAGCAGCAGAAAGAUGAGUGCAUGAUGAAAGAGGGAAAGACGCGUAGUUACCUGGAAGCGGUCGUUUCAGUAGCAGAUCGCAUCUCGGAGGAGCGGGACCAACUUUUACAUAUGGCCUCCAUACUCCAGCAAGAAAAGCAGGGAUUCAUUGGUAGCAUCUUAAGCGGCACCGUCCGAUUCGGCAAGCUCCAGGAGCGUAUAAAGGUGUAUCGCAGGCUGGCGUCCAGCCGACUGGUGGCAGUGGAAAAGGAGGCGGAAGGCAAGGCGGCCUCUCACCGCCAGGAGAUACUCCACCUGCAGAGACUGCUGGGAGAGAGGCAGCAGGCGGAGGAGAAGCUGCUGCAAUCCAAACGGGAGGUGGAGGAGGAGCUGAAGGUUGUUUGGCAGGCGGCCACGAGGGAAAACCAGCAAAUCAAGGAGACUCUCUGGGACUCCAGAUGCACCGGUGACAGCAUCCAGCAGGCCUUUGCCCACACAGUCUCUCCAGAAUGUCGUCAGAGGUUACUGGAUGUCCACAAAAAUCCCCAAGUGCAGAAAUCUGAUCAAAUGCAUCAACAAAAUCUGGAUUUCUACAACUAG